GUAUAAGGAAGAUAAAACUGUCAACAUUGCUGAAAUAAGUGGAAUUGUGGCGAUACUUUUGGUAGAGUCAAGGUUUAUGGAUCUGAAAGAAAACUGAAAGAAAAGCAAAAUGUCUACAAUUGAAAAGAUGACAAUCCAGGGAAUCCGGAGUUUUGGUCCAGAAGACUCCGAUAAACAGUUGAUAGAGUUUUACAGUCCUCUGACUCUGAUACUGGGACCAAAUGGAACUGGGAAAACUACGGUUAUAGAAUGUCUGAAGUAUAUGACCACAGGGGUGAUGCCUCCUGGAUCAAAGGGCGGAGCUUUUGUACAUGACCCAAAGGUGGCACAUGAAAGAGAGGUCAAAGGUCAAAUCAGGCUUCAGGUCAAGGAUGUAGCCAGACAAACAGUUAUUGUACAAAGAAGUUUACAGGUCACACAAAAGUUGAAGAAUAUCACAAUGAGAACCCUGGAAGGAGUGAUCACCAGAAGAGAUGCAGCAGGGGAAAAGAAAAGUAUCAGCUCCAAGUGUGCGGAAAUGGAUCGUGAGAUGAUAACAUCAUUAGGUGUAUCUAAGCCAGUUCUGGAGAAUGUAAUCUUCUGUCACCAAGAGGAAUCUAACUGGCCGCUCAGUGAGGGCAAGUCACUGAAGGAGAAAUUUGAUGCCAUUUUUGCAUCAACUAGAUAUGUGAAGGCCCUCGACACUAUUAUGAAGUUAAAAAAGAGUCAGGACCUAGACCUGAAACUGUUGAGACAAGAUAUCACCUACUCUAAACAGCACAAGGAUAAAGCAGCACAGCUGGAUGCUGAUAUGAAUGAACUUGAGGUCAAGUUAGAAGCAUCUAAGGAGUCAGUGGUCAAGGUGGCAGAGAAGUUGGUACCAAUUGAGGAAAAACUAGACCAAAUCAGUGUAAAAGCAGGUGAAAUUUACAAAAUUCAAACAGAUGUCACUAAACAUCAGAGUGAAUUGAAACAGAUGGAGAAGGCAGCUGAGGAACUACAGGAAAAUAUUGAUAACGAAUUCCAAGGCUCCACUGAGGAACUAAAAAAAGUCCUUGCAGAUUUUCAGAGCAAGGUUCAGGAGAGGGAGGAAAAACUACAAGAGUAUCAGCGUCGCAAAGAGGACCUUUCAAGAGAUGUUGACCGUGUGGUAAAGAAUAAAAAUGACACCCUGGUUGACGUAAGCAAACUGGAACAGGAGGCCCAGAAUCAUAAAGAAAAUACCAAGAGACGAGAUGCCUUGAUUCGACAAAUGGCUGACAAGUAUGAAUUUGAUGGGUUUUCAAGAGGUGAAAUUACUGAGGAGAAGUAUCGUCAAUUUGUUGAAAAUAUCCGCGAGAAACUUGUUACGAUGGUAGAAGAAGGGAAACAACUCAAAGCAGACUUUGAAAAACAAGAAGCAGAGCUACAACAGAAGAUGGAUGAUUUGAGAGAGAGUAAAACCAAACUGGAACAAAAUGAACGCAUCAAGAAAAACAUGAUGGCAGACAACACAGACAAGAUGAAGCAGAUAAACAGGAAGUUAAGUCAGGUAGAGGCCUCAGCGGGUAAACGGGACCAGCUGACUCGGGAACUCAAGCGUGCUGACCAUGACCUGCAGAUGGUAGAAGAAAGCCUAGACGUUGAAAAGACCAAACAAGAAAUCUCACAGCUUAUCAAGGACAAGACAAAACUAGAUGAACAGAUAGGGGCACUAAGUUCAGAGAUGAACCGCCUGCAUCUCCAGUCGAGUGCCCAAGCACAAUUAGAUGUGCUGAAGAAAGACAAGAUAUCUAAAGAAGAGACAAUACGACGUCUGCGAACCAAACAUGAAGACACGUUAUCCUACUUGAUGGGGGACGUACCAAAGAGUAACAUCCGCGGCCAGCUGGACAGCUAUAUCACGAGUCAGAAUGAAUCUGUGAAGAAACUCUCACAAGAUCUUCGGAAAUCUCAGACAUCGCUGUCAUCUAAAGAAGCAGAGAAAAAGAUGAUGAGUGAACAGCUGCGAAAGAAAGAAGAUGACUUAAAAAACAUGGAAGAGAAGAUAUUUUCUGUGUGUGGGAGUCAAAACUUUGAGGAUGGGAUGGCAGUUCUGCAGAAUAAAAAGGCUCAAUGUCAAGAUUCCAAGGGAUCUCUGUUGGGUGCUGAACAUUUCUAUAAGAAAUAUGUAGAGAAAUUGGAACAGGAAGAACCGUGCUGCCCUCUUUGUCGUCGUGAAUUUGAUACCGAACAGGAAACAAAAGAACUUGUCCUAGAGCUGAAGGAAAAGCUUCGACAAGUUCCUGCCAAACUGAGGAAGGCAGAAAAGGACUUAUUGGAGUUUGAGAAGAAAUAUGACGCUAUGAUGCAACUUAAACCUCUCAAAGAAAAUAUGAGUAUACUGGAGGAAACGGAAAUCCCAGAAAUGAAGAGCAAAGUGAGAAAGACAAAUGAAGAAAUAGAAAAACUGAGGACAACAAUAGCUGAUUUGACUGAUGACCACGAGACAAAGGAGCAGGAUGAGGACAUGGCCAAACAGAUCCAGCCGGACAUUGUCCUCAUGGAUCGUUAUAACGGUGAAGUCACGGAACUGGAUAAAAAGAUUGCCACACAAGCAGCUAAUCUGUCAGGGGGAGACUCAGGAAGAACUCUUCAAAAUGUCAUUAAUGAAAAGGAAGAUGUACAGAUGAAAGUAGAUACAAUUACAAGGAAAUUGGACCACAAGAGACAAAAAGUAAAUGAUCAUUCUGAGGAGGUGCAGCGUUUGAAGAGCAACAUUAACUCUUUGAGAGAAGAAAAGCUUCAGAUUGAUAAUGAUCUCCAGCAGAGGUACAAAUUAGAGGAAGACAAAGCACAUCUUCUCAGUGAGAAUGAGAUCUAUGAGAAAGAUAUCAAGGAGGCAGCCACACAGAUACGACCACUUCAGAACCAGAUAGACAGAACUGUGAAAGAGAAGCAGGAUGUUGUAGAAGCUAAAGAAGACCAGAUGGAACAAACCAAAGUCAUGAUUGACAAGGUCAAAAACGAUGCUACAAAGGUGAAGAAUGUGAACCAAGAUAUGAAGGCAUACAUUCAGUCUGGUAAAGAAGAGACACUUGAGCAAAAGAGAGAAGACCUCAAAAAGAUUGAAAAACGACUUGAAAAGAAAGAGGAUGAACAGGAAAAAGUGAAUUCUGGAAUUGAAAAACUCAACAAGGACCUUGCUACACAACAGGUACGGGAGAGGGAAUUACUAGACAACUUAGCCCUGAGGAAGAAACAGCAAGAAAUAGAGAAAAUGGUGAAAGAUCUGACUGAACUCCGAAAACAAUUGGGAGGAGUUGACGCUUACGAUCUUGAACGAGAUCGCAAACGUCUGAUUAAUCAACAAGAGGACCUUAUCAAAGAGAAACACUUGGUAGUUGGACGACAGCGAGGUUUUGAAGACCAGAUUCGAGCACUCAAGAGAGAACUUCAGGACGAUAUGUACAAAGACGCCUCACAGAAAUACCGUGACAAGAUGAUUCUGCUCAGGACAACUGAGCUAGCUAACAGUGACCUGGAGAAGUAUUACAAGGCCCUCGAUAAGGCUAUUAUGAGUUAUCAUAGUCUGAAGAUGGAUGAAAUCAACAAAAUAAUCUGCGAACUUUGGAGGAACACAUACCGCGGUAACGAUAUUGACACGAUUGAGAUCAGGUCAGACGAAGAUGAUGCAGGAAUCAUGAAGACGAGGCGAACAUACAACUACAGAGUUGUUAUGGUGAAAAGUGGGGCUGUGCUGGAUAUGAGAGGGCGUUGUAGUGCUGGUCAAAAGGUACUCGCCUCACUAAUAAUCCGCCUUGCUCUAGCCGAAACAUUCUGCCUGAACUGUGGAGUGCUGGCACUAGACGAACCGACCACAAACCUGGACAGAGAAAACAUUGAGAGCUUGGCUUAUGCACUUGUUGAGAUCAUAAAGAGCAGGAAGGAGCAGAGAAACUUUCAGCUGGUUGUUAUUACACACGACGAGGACUUCGUAGAACUGCUAGGGCGGUCUGACUAUGUCGACUGGUUCUUCAAAGUCCGCAAAGAUCAAAAUGGAUGUUCACGGCUGGUCAAGGCUAAAGUACAAGACUUGCAUGCUCGUUGAACACAUUGAUCAGAGCAUCUUUAACAUCACCCCAUGUAAUGAUAACUGGUACCUUCAUGAAGAAUGUUGUAAUCUGACCAGUGUUGCACAGAGUCUGUGAACUAGGAGAACUAAAAGGUCCAGGGUCUAUUGGAAGUUGAAAGCCCUACUAGAGUCAUAGACCUGUGUAUGUCGGUUCACCGAUAGAGAACAAAGAUAUCAGCAGAGGGUAUGGAAGAGUUUCGGUUCGUUCCACAAAUGUAGGACCUUGUUAUAGCGCAAAAAUGGGAGUGACUGACUUAUUUUAAUGUACUAUGGACAAUAAGUGCUCUAAAAUUGUUUAAGAAUUACUUACAAUGUGUGUGUGGAUGAUUUGAAAAGGUUGUGAAAUUAUGUACUGAUAGUCUUAACCAAUGUGGCCAUGUCAGAUCAUGACUUCCAUUGCAUGUAUGAAUUGAAGACGUAAGAUUGUGCAUCUGUCAAUUUUUAUGUCAUUUUGAGGAACAGUGUGUUUUUUCUUUGUGAUAAACUGAGAGUGCAAAUAUUAUUUAUGGGGUUUAUCUAAAGAAUGUUACUUUACACUGGUUACUUAUCGCAAAGUAACUGUGAAUUAGUGCUUUAGUAGUGUAACUUCUUAAGAACUGCAGACAUAGAGAUGAUAAUGUUUUGUUUGUAACAGCCUAGAAAGAAGGAUUGUCAGGUGCCCUUGUUAAGACAGUCAGGUGCGCUUGUUAAGACAGUCAGGUGUACCUGUUAAGACAGUCAGGUGCCCUUGUUAAGACAGUCAGGUGCCCAUGUUUAGACAGCCAGGUGUCCUUGUUUAGACAGUCGGGUGUCCUUGUUAAGACAGUCAGGUGCUCUUGUUAAGACAGUCAGGUGUACCUGUUAAGACAGUCAGGUGCCCUUGUUAAGACAGUCAGGUGCCCAUGUUUAGACAGCCAGGUGUCCUUGUUUAGACAGUCAGAGGCCCUUGUUUAGACAGUCAGAGGCCCUUGUUUAGACAGUCGGGUGCCCUUGUUCAGACAGUCGGGUGCCCAUGUUUAGACAGCCAGGUGUCCUUGUUUAGACAGUCAGAGGCCCUUGUUUAGACAGUCGGGUGCCCUUGUUAAGAAAUGUUUCAGAUAUUUCGGAUGUUUCAGAAAAGCAUUAUUUAUAAGUGAAUAUAGGAAAUUUGGAUGAAUUUGACAUGUGCUUCAUUUUGUUUAUUGUUUGUUACUGAAAAAUAAACUAUUAAUGAAUUA